GCUGGCACACAGCACCAUAGUCAGGGGUAGAGGGCGCUGCAAGGUAACACAGAGCUAGCCCUGGGCUCCAGGCGCGUCCACGCAGGAGAGGAGGCGCGCUCCCGCCGCCUCAGCAGCAGCAGCAGCAGCAGCAGCGGCCGCACAUCCCACCCUGGUGUAGCCGGCGCAGGACCCGGGCAGCAGCAGCAGCGGCCCCCGGCGACCCCCCGGACCCAGCCCUGCAGGCGGCGCCACUUGGCACAACUUCCCUGCAGCGAGGGAGGGGGCACUCACCUGCCCCUCACCAUCCAGGAGGUGGUCCCUGCCCAGGAUGCCACAGCCAGGAGUGCACGGAGCCCCCACGCACAAGUGGAUGAGACUGCUGCGAGUGGGAGACAGCCCUGCGUGCUGAGAGAGAGCAUCCUCCUGUGGGAGUGGGGCAGAGUGCUGGACCACCCAGGUUGCUGGCACUGCCCACCCUCAGCCAGGUGGGUUGAUGAUGCAUGGAGGUGCUGGAGCAUUGCAUGACUUGUUGGGUGGCCCUGAGGCUUCUAGUUACCCCUGUAGAUGGUGGGGUGCUGAGCCCCUGAGAUGCCCCCCAUGCCUGUGACCUGGGAACUUCUGCUCUAGUUUGCACUGGGGCGGCUGCUCACUGUGGUGGGAGAAGUGUCUGAGCCGGCUCUACAGGUCCUCAGCUGGGAUACAGCGUAUCAUCAUCAUCAUCAUCAUCAUUAUUAGUUACCCCGGAGCAAGGGAAGUUGUGUCCUCUGCUGACCUAUAGGAGCUGGAGUGUGCACCUGGCACUGCCACAGGUGUGACCUGUGGCGCCUAAGGUGAGAGGAUGAGAAGAUGAAUGCUGAGAAACCCUGGCGGUGGUCGGCAUGGUAUAUUUUCUUGGCUCGAUGCGGGAUUGAUUUGAGAGGAAUAAUUAUGAGGCUGACCUACAUGUUCUCCUUCAUCUUACUGUUUGGACUUGCCGGCCUCGUCGUUUUCAUCCAUUUGCAGGAUCCCGUAGAACUGGUUAACCAGCGGGGACUGGCUUCAGGGGUGAAAUUUGAAUUUGCAUUACCACAACCCAAAAAGGACUGUACAUCCAACAAUCAAUAUGGGAUUUCAAUAGAAGCGGCUGCCAAACAGCUCUUGAACGUGCACCAAGAUAUGUCCUCGUAUCCCCCUUAUCAGUACCAAGUUAGUUUACACAGCACAAAUCAGAGGCAGAGAAAGGCGAUGUUUCUAAGGCGAGACAACAAGAUAUACUCGGAGAGGAAACCUUUGAAAAGACGGAAGCACUUCCUACUGAAAGAGACUCCGAUUCUGAUGCCCAUGAACAGUUCGGCGGUGGAACUCAUGCCCACAAACUACGACGACCGAAACGGUAACUGGAAAAAGCUGUACGAGGUCCAAAGGCAGCGCAAGAAACUCAUGCAGGACAUCUGCCUGAAGUACAAAAGCAGCAGCCGGCGGAUCAUCACGCCGUACCACGUCUCGCGGAUCUUCGUGGAGGACAAGCACAAGUUACUCUACUGUGAGGUCCCCAAAGCGGGCUGCUCCAACUGGAAACGGGUACUCAUGGUCCUUAACGGAUUGGCCUCUUCCACCAAGGACAUCCAGCAUAACACCGUCCACUACGGCAACUACUUGAAGAGGCUGGACAGUUUCGACCGGAAAGGAAUCUCCAACCGCCUCAACACCUACAAGAAAAUGAUCUUCGUGCGGGAACCCUUCGAGAGGCUAGUCUCGGCUUUCCGAGACAAGUUCGAGCAUGCAAACAACUAUUACCACCCGGUGUUUGGCAAAGCCAUCAUAACUAAAUACCGGCAGAACGCUACGCGAGAAGCGCUGAGGACGGGCUCUGGGGUACAGUUUAAAGAGUUCAUUCAGUACUUGCUCGACGUUCACAGGCCGGUAGGUAUGGACAUCCACUGGGACCAUGUCAGUAGGCUUUGUAGCCCUUGCAUGAUCGAUUAUGACUUUAUCGGGAAAUUCGAGAGCAUGGAAGAAGAUGCCAAUUUCCUCCUGCACCUCAUAGGGGCUCCCCAAAACUUGACAUUCCCGCGAUUUAAGGACAGACAUUCCAAUGAAGAAAGGACCACCAAUAAAAUUACACAGCAAUAUUUUGCACAGUUGUCCCCAUUGGAAAGGCAGCGUUCCUACGACUUCUAUUACAUGGACUAUCAAAUGUUCAAUUACACAAAGCCUUUUGAAGACUUGUACUGAUUAUACAGAAGGGGAAAUGUGUUUUCUAGAAAACGUCCGCUGCGUUACGUUGCAGUUUCAGCUCAUGAAAGUGAACUAUUUGGAUUUAAAGUGUCUAGUUUUUUUUUUUUUUUUUUACUUCAGAACUUUAAACGUGUCACAUGAAAGAGUAUUUUACUAUAUUGGUCCAACUAGAUGCACUGACGCUUCAGUUAAAUGAGUAACGAGGGAACAAUACCUUUUUUUAAAUAUAAUUUAAAAAAUAAAUUCAGGUUUGAUAAAUCCUUCAAAAAAAAAUUCCAUCUAUUCUGAGAUUGAAAAAAAAAAAAUAUUUAACUGAAGAUUCUCUAUUGUAUAGAACUUAUUUUUGUUGGGUACAAUAAAUAAAUAAAAUUGUUUUUUUAAAAAGAAAAAGUACAAUAAAAAGGGCUAGAUUUUUCUAUGGGGCAAAAGAAUUUCUCUUUUUAUUCGGAUAUCUUACUUUGCUUUUUACCUUUUUGUAAUCUAUCUUUACAAUAUAAAUAAAUGAUGUGGUACCAGACAAAGACGGAAUUCAUGGACAAUGAAAAUACAUAACAAAACACACAGCUUCUUACAUUACUGUCAAUGCAUUCCCACGCUGAGCUUCUCCAAUCAGGACACAGAGCAUGGCCGCAACCUGCCGCGUCUGUGCCAUAAUGAUAUGACCCAUGGGGGCUAGGCUCCGAACACCUCAUCGUUGUCCUAUCCAGAAGGCAGGAUAUUGUGUCUGUGAGCUUGAUCAAAUCUUCUGUUAUCAGUAUCCAUAGUUCCCCCAACUCUCCAGAAUUGUCCCAGUUCACCCUCCUUCUGUUCAUCCCUUGCCCUCAGGCUGGGUAGAUACUACACAUGCAAUCAUGGUACCUGCGACCGCUCGACACGGCCGUUGUGUAGUGUGUACACACAGUUCAUCGUUUGGUGCAUUGUGUGGUUGCUUCGUCUCAUCGGAUGUGCUACACAUCAGAUGGGACGAUGCGAAGUAUGACACUGUGUCGCUAGAUUACGCAUGUAAUGAUAUAUUGUGUCAUUGUGCAGCGGAUCGCGUAGCGUGUUCAUGCGAUCUAUCGAUAAAUUGCAUCGGCGUGUUGCUGGAUCACUGAGGUGUGUAACCAGAUUACAGUCUGUAAGCUCUUACGGGCAGGGCCCUCCUCUCUUAUGUUCUUCCCUAGCACAGCCCUGGUCAUCAUUCCUUUGCCCACUUGUCAUCUUCUUCCCUAUGCGGACUCAGUGGACGGGAUGCCGGCAGUCAUGUGACCAACACCGGAGUCCCGGAACCACUCGGGAGACUGGCAAGGUUAGACGACAGGUAAGUGUCAGGGACACUGUUAGGGUUAGGGCCCGGGGGGUCAGGCUUAGGCACUGAGGGGGUUAGCGUUAGGCAAUAAGUGGAGGUGAGUCCUAGCUGCCAGUCCUUUAGGGUUAGCGCUAGCCGCCACCCCUGUAGUGUUCGGGUAGGGGAGUGAUGGCGUAAAAAUACCCCCUCCGACAUCUUCAAUGUCAGGUUGCCGGUGUUGAUCAUGUGACCACCGGCAUCCCGAUGACCGGGAUAAAAUACCGAGCCCGCCCAUUGGGUAUAGGAUGUGUGACAUUUGUGCUGGGUCAUAUCUUUGUGUAUUGUAUUUAAGAUAUAAGACAUUGUUCAUUUGUAUGUAUACCUGUGUACAUUUUGUGGGGUGUGGUAUGUAUGGUCGACAGUAAGUUGGUCGACAAUGUUUGGGUCGACCACUAUUGAUCGACAGUUAGUAGGUUGACAGGUAUUCUAGGUCGACGGGGUCUUUAGGUCGACGUAGUCUAGGUGGACAGGUCAACAUGAGUUUUUGAUGGGGGGGUUGGUGCUGUUUUCUCCGUACAGUGACUGGGAACCCCAAUUAGUGCACCGUGUCCCCUCGCAUGUCUCGCUUUGCUCGCCAUGCUUCGGGCAAGGCGCCUCGCUCCACUGCCGCUGCGCUCGGCACAUGUUACCAUUCCCAAUUGUAGUCCACGUGGAUCGUAAAGUAUGAAAAAGUUCGAAAAACUCAUGUCGACCUUUUGACCUGUCAACCUAGAACAUGUAGACCUAAAGACCCUGUCGACCUAGAAACCCUGUCGACCAAUAGUGGUCGACCUACUUACCGUCGACCUAAAGACCGGAUCCCAUUUUGUGGCACCCUCUAAAUAAAACAUUAUAAUAAUACAUCUAGAACACUAUAAAAUCAUAGGGACAAUCUAUGGGCAGCUUCCCCACCUGUACUCUGCAGAGGGUUUGAUAAAUCUCCCCUAAGCGGGACAGUCGGUAGCGACGCGUUUUACAUGGUAGGUUCCAAUGUUGCAACAUCUGACCGUCAGCACUCAGUGGAGCUUCUCUUCUUGUCCUCACAGACACUUGUAGCUCUGCGGCAGCGCUCGCCUCACGCUGGGGACCUGAGGAAGAGGACGCUGACAAUCCCCCGUUAAUUAGAUGCCAGCAGCACCAGCUGUCAUUUCAUCCAGCUAUUCAGAUUCCUCAUCAUUAUGUUCCAUUCUCCAGUCUCAUCACCGGGGGAAUACUGGGGACAGCGGCAGCAGACGGCGGCAGGGGCUUCUGGGGAAGAGGGGUCUCAGCAAGCGCAGCCGUUCCCUGCAGACAUUCAGAGCUACCAGUGAUCCACUCAAUAAUGAGGCAAAACCGAGCCAGGAGGUUUUAUGGGGCAGCAAAACUGCGAGGCGACAGGGGGUUCUAUCUGGCUGAGUAAAAAGCCAUGUACUAUAAUGAACACAAAAGAAAUGGUUUGGGAAACAUGGGUCGCCCCGGCUACGCGCACACGGGUGGUCAUUCCGAGUUGAUCGCUCGCUAGCAGUUUUUAGCAGUCGUGCAAACGCUAUGCCGCCUCCCACUGGGAGUGUAUUUUAGCUUAGCAGAAGUGCAAUCGCUUGUAUCGCAGAGCGGCUACAAAGUUUUUUUGUGCAGUUUUAGAGUAGCUCCAGACCUACUCAGCACUUGCGAUCACUUCAGACUAUUCAGUUCCUGUUUUGAUGUCACAAACACGCCCUGCGUUCGCCCAGCCACGCCUGCGUUUUUCUGAACACUCCCUGAAAACGGACAGUACACACCCAGAAUCGCCCACUUCAUGUCAAUCACUCUGCGGCCAGCAGUGCGACUGAAAAGCUUCGCUAGACCCCGUGUGAAACUACAUCAUUCGUUGUAAUAGUACGUGGUGCGUGCGCAUUGCGCCGCAUACGCAUGCACAGAAGUGCCUUUUUUUGCCUCAUCGCUGCACAGCGAAUGAAUGCAGCUAGCGAUCAACUCGGAAUGACCACCACGGGCGCUAAGGGUGUACAUUUAAGAAGUGUUUUGCACGCAAGUUUAGUGCAUAGAAUAGAUGUGCAAACAAAAUCCAUGCAGCAAAUGUGAGCACAUACAGUAUGUGGCACUCCACACGUGUGUAACCUGUGCUGCAUAUUACAUGUGAGCAAUACAUUGCGGGCUCUGCUGCUGUUUCUGACGCUCAGAUACUGGAAAUGAUUCAUGGAUUUGUUAUAAUUAUAUUAAUCACCACUAAGAGUCCACUGCCCUUCUCGCCGAGCGGUCGGCUGACGGGGGAGGCUUUGGGGCGGAAUGUGCCGCAUUCUAUUGAUUUCCCGCCCUGUGUGAGAGGUGUCCCUCAUUCACUCAGCACUUGUCCGAUAUCAAUCAGUAAUCUCUGAUUUCUGUUCCACACCUCAGCGAGCAGCGGAAAUUGUGUCACUCUUAAUGAACAGGUUUUGUUGCUGGAGGUCAGGCGGGAUACGGCUUUCCUGGGUGAGAUCAAAUCGUGUGAGCGAGAACUGCAGCUACUGUUUAUUCAGUGGCGUCAUUUUAUAAACUUGUUAUAUAGUAUAUCUCUGUAUUCUUUCUUCAUCUCAUUAUAGUUUACUACCUCUGUCUUAUAGAGCCCAUAACUUACAGUAGGUUACAUUUACUAAGCAGAGAGUUUUCAAAGACCCUGAUUAUCAGCAGUUCUGACUGAUGGAUUUAAUACAGAAAUAGACAUAAAUGCUACCUCAGGCAUGCCUAGGAUAAUCAGCGGCUUUUGAAACAGUCUGGUUAGUAAAUCUGUCCCUUAGUGUACAAUUAUUAUUAAUGAGAAUGUAGCCUAUUAGUGCAUGAGGAACUAGUAAUGUUAUCCCUGGUAAUUAAACCCUUAACCUCACACAUUGCAGUGAGGCACCUUACACAUGGAGCUAUUUGCACGAGGAACUAGUGACAUCACGCAAGCCCAAAACAGCUGCAAUGCAGAUCAUGGGGAGGAACUAGUGACAUCACGUAAGCCCAGAAUUGCUGCAGUGUAGAUCAUGGGGAGGAACUAGUUACAUCACACAAGCCCAAAAUAGAUGCAAUGUAGCGCGGGGGAGGAACUAGUGACAUCACGCAAGCCCAAAUACAGUUGCUGCAAUGUAGCGCGGGUGGAGGAACUAGUGACAUCACACAAGCCCAAAAUAGUUGCAAUGUAGAUUGCGUGGAGAAACUAGUGACAUCACGCAAGCCCAAAAUAUCUGCAUUGUAGAUCAACAGGAGGAACUAGUGUCAUCACGCAAGCCCAAAAUAGCUGCAAUGUAGAUCGAGGAGAGGAAAGGAACUUGUGACAUCAUGCAAGCCCAAAAUAGCUGCAGUGUAGAUCGAGGGGAGGAACUAGUGACAUCACGCAAGACCAAAAUAGCUGCAAUGUAGAUCAUGGAAAGGAACUAGUGACAUCACACAAGCCCUAAGUAGCUGCAAUGUAGUCCGAGGGGAGGAAUUAUUGACACCACACAAGCCCAAAAUAACUGCAAUGUAGACCAAGAGGAGGAACAAAUGACAUCACGAAAGCCUGAAAUAGCUGCAGUGUAAAUCGUGGGGAGGAACUAGUGACAUCACGCAAGCCCAAAAUAGUUGCUAUGUAGAUUGUGUAGAGAAACUACUGACAUCAUGCAAGCCCAAAAUAGUUGCAAUGUAGAUCAUGGGGAGGAACUAGUGACAUCAUGCAAGCCCAAAAUAGCUGCAGUGUAGAUCGAGGGGAGGAACUAGUGACAUCACGCAAGACCAAAAUAGCUGCAAUGUAGAUCGUGGGAAGGAACUAGUGACACCACACAAGCCCAAAAUAACUUAAAUGUAGACCAAGAGGAGGAACCAGUGACAUCACAAAAGCCUAAAAUAGCUGCAAGGUAGAUCGUGGGGAGAAACUAGUGACAUCACACAAGCCCAAAAUAGUUGCGAUGUAGAUUGUGGAGAGAAACUAGUGACAUCAUGCAAGCCCAAAAUAGUUGCAAUAUAGAUCUUGGAGAGGAACUAGUCACAUCACACAAGCCCAAAAUAGCUGAAAUGUAUCUUGAGGGGAGGAACUAGUGACAUCACGCAAGCCCAAAAUAGUUGCAAUGUAGAUUAUGGGGAGAAACUAGUAACUUCACGCAAGCCCAAAAGAGAUGCAAUGUAGUUCUUGGGGAGGAACUAGUGACAUCACACAAGCCCAAAAUAGCUGAAAUGUAUUUUGAGGGGAGGAACUAGUGACAUCACGCAAGCCCAAAAUAGUUGCAAUGUAGAUUGUGGGGAGAAACUAGUGACAUCACACAAAAGCUCAAAAUAGCGGCAAUGUAGACCAAGGGGAGGAAUUAGUGACAUCACAUAAGCCCAAAACAGUUGCACUGUAGAUCAUGGGGAGGAACUAGUGACAUCAUGCAAGCCCAAAAUAGCUGCAAUGUAGACAGAGGGGAGGAACUAGUGACAUCACACAAGCCCAAAAUAGCUGCAAUGUAGACAGAGGGGAGGAACUAGUGACAUCACGUAAGACCAAAAUAGCUGCAAUGUAGAUCGUGGGAAGGAACUAGUGACACCACACAAGCCCAAAAUAACUGCAAUGUAGACCAAGAGGAGGAACUAGUUACAUCACAAAAGCCUAAAAUAGCUGCAAUGUAGAUCGUGGGGAAAAACUAGUGACAUCACACAAGCCCAAAAUAGUUGCAAUGUAGAUUGUGGGGAGAAACUAGUGACAUCAUGCAAGUCCAAAAUAGCUGCAAUAUAGAUCGUGGGGAGGAACUAGUGACAUCACACAAGCCCAAAAUAGUUGCAAUGUAGAUUGUGGGGAGAAACUAGUGACAUCACGCAAGCCCAAAAUAGCUGCAAUGUAGAUCUUGGGGAGGAACUAGUGACAUCACACAAGCCCAAAAUAGCUGCAAUGUAUCUUGAGGGGAGGAACUAGUGACAUCAUGCAAGCCCAAAAUAGUUGCAAUGUAGAUUGUGGGGGAGAAACUAGUGACAUCACGCAAGCCCAAAAUAGCUGCAAUGUAGAUUGUAGGGAGAAACUAGUGACAUCACGGAAGCCCAAAAUAGCUGCAAUGUAGAUCUUGGGGAGGAACUAGUGACAUCACACAAGCCCAAAAUAGCUGCAAUGUAUCUUGAGGGGAGGAACUAGUGACAUCAUGCAAGCCCAAAAUAGUUGCAAUGUAGAUUGUGGGGGAGAAACUAGUGACAUCACGCAAGCCCAAAAUAGCUGCAAUGUAGAUCUUGGGGAGGAACUAGUGACGUCACACAAGCCCAAAAUAGCUGAAAUGUAUCUUGAGGGGAGGAACUAGUGACAUCACACAAACCCAAAAUAGUUGCAAUGUAGAUUGGGGGAGAAACUAGUGACAUCCCACAAGUCCAAAAUAGCUGCAAUGUAGACCAAGGGGAGGAACUAGUGACAUCACAUAAGCAUAAAAUAGUUGCAAUGUAGAUCAUGGGGAGGAACUAGUGACAUCAUGCAAGCCCAAAAUAGCUUCAAUGUAGACAGAGGGGAGGAACUAGUGACAUCACACAAGCCCAAAAUAGCUGCAAUGUAAAUUGAGGAGAGGACCUAGUGACAUCACACAAACCAAAAAUAGUUGCAAUGCAGAUUGUGGGGAGAAACUAGGGACAUCACGCAAACCCAAAAUAGCUGCAAUGUAGAUCGUGGGGAGGAACUAGUGACAUUGCGCAAGCCCAAAAUAGCUGCAAUGUAGUUCGAGGGGAGGAGCUAGUGACCACACAAGCCCAAAAUAGCUGCAAUGUAGAUCAAGGGGAGGCAGUAGUGACAUCGCACAAGCCCAAAAAAGCUGCAGUGUAGAUUGCGGGGAGGAACUAGUGACAUUAAACAAGCCCAAAAUAGCUGCAAUGUAGCUCGUGGGGAGAAACUAGUGACGUCACACAAUCCCAAAAUAGCUGCAAUGUAGAUCAUGGAGAGAAAGUAGUGAUAUCAUGCAAGCAUAAAAUACUGUAGCUGCAAUGUAUAUCGUAGGGAGGAACUAGUGACAUUACGCACGCCCUAAAUGGCUGCAAUGUAGACCGAGGUGAGAAACUAGUGACAUCACACAAGCCCAAAAUAGCCGCAGUGUAGAUUCAAGUUGAGGUACUGUAUUAAAGCAAGAGGUGGAGGAAAACGACAAAAAUAUUUAACACUCACACUCACUGCUUUUACCUGAUAAGGUGCAGUAAUACUCUAAAAGAGCAUGCACCAAUGAAUGUUAUAGCUAAGUCCAUAACUUGUUUCCUAAAACUGACCGUAAUCCUUUUAUUAUUAGCAGCAAUAUUAAAAACAAAAUAAAAAUACAUAUACCAGUAACAUGAGAUAAGAGACAAUUUACAACAUUCCUAAACAUGAGUAAGCAAAUAAAACCAGCCAAUAGUCAAUUAUUGAAUUGCUUUGCUAUACCCCAACAGUCAAAUAUCUUCUCCAGACUAAAUAUUAAUAAUAGGAUAAGAAAUCGGAUUCGUGGCAGUGUGUGGCAGUGUGUAGUGAGCAACAACUGUAAUAAUUUUCAUGUAAAGCAAGAGUGUUCCGUUAGCCUCCCCUAUGGUUUAUACAGGGAAUCCCACAGAGCUGUCACCUUUUGUUACUCAUUUAGGGGAUUUCACACACUUGGUGAAUUAGAUUAUAUUCUGCACAUCUUCCGUGUUUCUCAUAUUGUCUCGGAAAACGAAUCUGCUACAGUAAAAGGAAAACACUACAUUUAAAGGCAUCAUUUAUAUAUGACCAGGUCAUGUCAAGCCAAAUGCACUCAGAUAAACUGUAUAUACCAAAGAGAAAGUUCCAUUCAUCGGGGGGAUAUGUAUCAAAGCUUGGAAAGAGAGAAAGUACCAACCAAUCAUCUCCUAACUGCCAUGUUACAGGCUGCAUUUGAAAACUGACAAUUGGGAGCUGAUUAGAUGUUAUUUUAUCUCUCUCCCCCAUCAUCUUUCCAUUUAUCUGCACUGAGUUUUAUCAGGAGAAAAAAAAAAUUCUAAAAAUAAACCA